CUCUUGGACCUUUCCAACAUAACCUCAACUUCGAUUCAUCCAUCCCCACACCUGCGCAACCUCUGUUUCCUAUACUCGGCACGCACAUAUCCUCACGUUCACUAAGACGAUCGCUCUGCAAGUAUGGACUAUCAGAACCGUGUCGGUUCGAAGUUUGGUGGAGGAGGUGUUGCUUCACACUCCGCAACAAAUGCCGAUCGACGAGAACGUCUGCGCAAACUCGCGCUCGAAACGAUUGACCUCGACAAAGACCCCUACUUCUUCAAGAACCAUGUCGGAUCCUUCGAAUGCAGAUUAUGUCUUACAGUGCACCAGAAUGAUGGCUCAUACCUUGCACACACGCAGGGGCGCAAGCAUCAGACCAAUUUGGCUCGCCGUGCGGCCAGAGAGCAGAAGGAGAUGCAAAAGGAUGGACAAAUGCUGCCGGGGAUGAUGGGCGUGCAGGUCAAGAAGAAUAUGGUCAAGAUUGGACGUCCUGGUUACAAGAUCACGAAGAUCCGUGAUCCUCUCACACGACAGGUGGGAUUGCUCUUUCAGCUACUCUAUCCCGAGAUCACGCCAGGCGUCGAGCCUCGGGUACGCUUCAUGAGUGCAUACGAACAAAAACUCGAAGAGCCGGACCGGGAUUACCAAUACCUGCUUGUGGCGGCAGAACCAUACGAGACUUGCGGAUUCAAGUUACAGUCACGCGAGGUGGAUAGGCGAGAAGGACGAUACUGGACUUGGUGGGACGUCGAUACGAAGGAGUUCUGGUGUCAGGUUCUAUUCAAGACCGAAAGAGACGAGCGCUAUAGUAACGUUCCUGGAUUGGCUCCCGCUCCAGGGAAGAGAUGACUUGAGCCUCGUUAAGAGGCGGGGGGAAAACCGGAGACCCUCUACUUCUUUACCGGGGAUAUCAUUACUGUUGCUUCAUGUUAUGGAUGUGAGCUUGGAGCAGGCUUGCUGGACGGAGAAGCGUCAUUACGUCGUUUGGAUGCUCCAAUUUCGAGGCAUGCAAACAUCCCUCCUCACUGCAGAGACACGUCGAAUGGGCAUCGCAUCCUCAGACUCAGCUUUGCAGCACGCCCAGAUAUUGUCGACAAUACAACCCAGCGGGGUAUGGCAUCAGGCACUGUGGCUCAAGACGACUUUUUGAACAUUACCGCCGUCAUGUUCAAC